AUGGCGGACUCAAUUCCCCAGGUACAGAUCGAGCUCCCAGGAGACGUCGAGAUGGAGGAAUCAGCAGCCCCGGCAGCAGAAGAAGACCCUUCAGCAGAAAUGACCAAGGAGGAAGAGAAGGAUAAAGAGUCAGGGGACCAGGAAACACAGCCGCCAGCCGAACCCGAAGUCCACAGCCAGCAGGCGGUUUUCCUCAAAGAAACUCGCCCAGUGCGAGCUGACAGGCGAGGUCAGUGUACCCUCUCCUCGCCAACAGACCUUUCUUUCCAUUUGAAAACCAGUUGCUGCGACGUGAACGCCAUGCUAACAGACCUUGUGCAGCGGCGCAUCCACCUUGAAGACGAAUUGACAGACACAGUAGCUUGUUUCCUCCAAUUUCAAUAUACAGGAGAGUACUUCCCCCGUCUCCUCCCGUCGGGAAAAGACCUUGAACAAGACCCAGCGAUCCCCAAGGUCGAUGCAAGCGGCGAGCAGCUCCUCAAACACGCUCGAAUCUACAGCUUGGCCGAAAAGCUCGGAAACGAAAAACUCAAGCUGCUUGCUCAGAACAAGAUUGGUAGCAUCGAGAGUAGUGCUACGGGCGAGAUCGAGUAUGCGAGAUACGUGUAUAGCCAUACCACGCCAGAGGACACUGCUAUCAGAGGACCGGUUGCUCGCUUCUGGGCUAAGAUGAGUGAUGUGCUGCGUCAUGAUGCCGAGGAGCAGUUCAAGGCAUUGUGUCUUGAGCACCCCCAGUUCAGUUUCGAUUUGCUUAAUCGCGUGUUGGACAUGAAGGAGAAGAGGGCCAGGGAGCGUGAUAACACCAGUAGCCCGGCAUUCAAGGGCCCGGCGAGAAAAAGGUCUAGAGCUUUCUAG